AUGGCCUUACGGCGGCUGCACCGGAGCUGCGGCCUACGGGGCCUCUCGGCCGAAGAAACGGAGCGGGCCCGGGGGGCGAGGGCCCCCCCACGGCAAAAGCUCAGUGAAGGGGCGAGGGAGAGGCCGGUGCCGGUGUCGCGGCUGGGGAGGAUGGCGAGCUUCGGAGGUCUCGCCCUGGGGCUCGGGAUGGGGGCCCUGGCGCAGGCAGCUAAAGCGAAGCUGGGGGGGGCUCCGCUGGGUCCCAGCUCCCUCCUGGCCGGAGCCAAUGGGCAGCGCCUGGCGGGCGCCCUCUGCCGGACGCGGGGGGCAGCGCUGAAGCUGGGCCAGAUGCUGAGCAUGCAAGAUCCCGGUUUCCUGCCUCCGGAGCUGCUGCAGGCCCUGGAGCGCCUACGGCAGGGAGCUGACUUCAUGCCCCGCUGGCAAAGCACCCGAGUCCUGGACCAGGAGCUGGGCCCCGGCUGGAGGGAAAAGCUCUUGGAAUUCCAGGAUCUUCCCUUUGCGGCCGCCUCCAUCGGCCAAGUGCAUCUUGGGGUGCUGCUGGAUGGUACCCGGGUGGCCAUCAAGGUCCAGUAUCCUGGGAUUGCCCAGAGCAUCCGCAGCGACGUGGAAAACCUCCUGGCUCUGCUGCAGAUGAGCUCGGCCCUACCCAAGGGUCUUUUUGCCGAGAAAUCCCUGCAAGUGCUGCAGAAGGAGCUGGAAUGGGAAUGCGAUUACCACCGGGAAGCCCAGUCCGCCCGCACUUUCCGGGAUCUCCUUCGGGAUGAUCCCUUCUUCUCCGUGCCGCGGGUGGUGCCGGAGCUGUCGGCAGCGCGGGUCCUCACCAUGGAGCUGGGGAACGGGAUCCCAUUGGAUCAGUGUCAGGAGCUGAGCCAGGAUGUGCGGGAUGAGAUCUGCACCCACCUCCUCCGCCUCUGCCUACGGGAGCUCUUCGAGUUCCGCCUCAUGCAGACGGAUCCCAAUUGGGCCAAUUUCCUCUAUGAUCCCCCCCAGCACAAGGUGACGCUGUUGGAUUUCGGAGCCACGCGUUCCUUUGACCAGGAAUUCACGGAUCAUUACAUUGAGGUGAUCCGGGCUGCGGCCGAUGGGGAUAAGGAGAAAGUGCUGCAGAAAUCCCGGGAUCUCAAGUUCCUGACGGGAUUUGAGAGCAAAGCGCACGAAGCCGCUCACUCCGCCGCCGUUCUCCUCCUGGCCGAGCCCUUCUCCCACGCGGACCCGUUCGAUUUCGGGACCCAGAGCACAGCUCGGGGGGUGCGGGCCCUGCUGCGGCCGCUGCUUCGGCACCGAUUGACACCACCCCCGGAACCUUCCUACGGCCUGCACCGGAAGUUGGCCGGGGCCUUCCUGUGUUGCGCCCGCCUCAAGGGGCGCGUCCGGUGCCGUGACCUCUUCCUGCGCCUGCACCGGCGCUACUGGCGGGACCGGGCCGCCCCCGCCGCAAUAAACUGA